AUGGAAUCGUGUUAUGGAACUAGAUCCUUCCCUCAGUUGAUCGAUCUCCCUGGUGCGUGGCAUGGGAACCAGUUCUCCGACGAGUCAGAGUACGUAUACAAUCUUAGCUCCCAGGAAGUUGCCCUUGGCCUAGAUGGGGACUUGAUCUGCCGGCAGAACUUUCCACUUCCGACAGUUGGGAAAAGCCUUGAUCGUAUACGGCUAGAUGUUCAUGAGGGGAAGGGUUUCGGUUUGGUCCGAGGAAUAAAUCCCUUGGACUACCCCGCUGAGGACUUGACGAUGAUGUACCUCGGUGUUCAAUCGUACAUCGCCAACCUUCGAGGUCGACAGGAUGAGAAGGGAAAUAUGUUGGUCCAUAUCGUAGCCGACAACUCUUCUAACCUUUCUAGUCAGCAUCAUCGCCACUCGACAUCGGAAAUCACGUUUUAUAACGAGGAGUCCGGAGACAUUGUGAGCUGGCUGACACGGAGUACCGCAGCCUCAGGUGGGAGAUGCAUCAUCGCUUCAGGGUAUGCGGUAUACAAUAUCCUGAAUCGACACCACCCCGCAUCUAUCCGCCAGCUUUCUCAGCCUAAGUGGGUUUUUGCAAAAAUCAUGCUCAACUUCGGCCGAGUCCCUCUAAUUGGUAAUGCGAUCCAUCCGCGCCCGGCUCAUCUACCGCGAAUUUCCAUGAAACAGCUUAAAGCGCUGGAAGACAUUGAACGCGCAGCUAGAAAAGUCCAGUUGGAGAUUGAGACGAAACCAGGUGAUAUUCACUUCAUCAAUAAUCUCUUCAUACUGCACAAACGUGAUAGCUUCAAGAAUGGUGACGGGGUUGGCGAGAAGAGGCAAUUGGUUCGGAUGAGGCUUCGGGAUGAUGAGCUGGGCUGGAAUCUACCGGAGAGUCUGAGAAAGGAGUGGACAGAUGCGUUUGGUGCAGGUUUAGAUAAGCUUUGGCAUGUUGAUCCUAUGCCGGAAGGUUACUUUCCUUUGAGAUCGUAUCCGAAUUAG